UGUGGCUGCUAAUUGAGACCUGAGGGAUGUCCUCUUGUGAUACGUGCAUCGUUCAGAUUGGUUGAAGUUGACACUGAGGAUGUUUAUAUUGAAUGCCGCUACCCACUGCCUGUCUUUUUACCUCUUUUUGCAGAACCGCUUGUUGCCCCUACUGCACAGGUGAAGUGAACUUGCCGUUUUGUGUAACUUGUGUCACACUAGGAGCCCAGAAUGUGGCACGAAGCUCGGAAGCAUGAGCGCAAACUGCGCGGGAUGAUGGUGGAUUACAAGAAGCGUGCAGAGCGACGCAGGGAGUACUACGAGAAGAUCAAAAAAGAUCCAGCACAGUUCCUGCAGGUGCAUGGUCGGGCGUGUAAAAUCCACCUGGAUUCUGCUGUGGCCCUCGCUGCAGAGAGUCCCCUCAACAUGAUGCCCUGGCAGGGUGAUACGAACAACAUGAUAGAUCGGUUUGAUGUCCGGGCACAUCUGGAUUAUAUCCUGGAGUACACCCCACCCUUCCUGUGCGCUCUCUCUCCAGAACUUGACAAUGAUGAACGGAAGUGCAACUACGAGCGAUACAGAGGCCUCGUUCAGAACGAUUUUGCAGGCAUUGCUGAGGAGCAGUGUCUGUACCAGAUAUACAUCGACGAGUUGUACGGGGGCAUGCAGAAACCCAACGAAGAUGAGAAGAAGAAACUGGCAGAAAAGAAAGCUUCAAUCGGCUACACUUAUGACGACAGCUCUGUGACCACAGACGAAAAGAUCGAGGAGAGGGACGAAGAUGAAGAGGAAGAUUCGGAUGAGAAGAGCGACUCGGAUGAAGAGAUCCCUGAUAUAGAUGUUGAAGUGGACGUUGAUGAAUUAAACUCUGAACAGACUUUGGAGCUGAACAAACUUGCUACCACUUAUGGGAUGUCUGAAGGUGACUUUGUCAGGAUGCUGCGGAAAGACAAAGAGGAGGUGGAGGCAAUUAAACACGCCAAGGCCCUGGAGGAGGAGAAGGCGAUGUACUCGGGGCGAAGGUCCCGUCGACAAAGGAGAGAAUUCAGAGAGAAGCGUUUGAAGGGGAGAAAAAUCAGCCCACCCAGUUACGCGAGGAGGGACAGCCCAACGUAUGACCCAUAUAAAAGGUCACAGUCCGAAUCCAGCUCGGGGACAAGGUCACGGUCACGUUCAAACUCCCCGACCCAUGAGGAGAAGAUCACUUACAUCACAAGCUUCGGGGGAAGUGAAGACGAGGGUGGGUCGACGGCACAGUCAGGAGUGGCCACAGCCAAGGCCCCGCCGGGCAGGCAUCGGACCUCCAAUUCGCUGCAAAGCUCUGGCACAGGUCAUACCAGCUCUUCCCGGCAUCGUUCCUCUUCCUCUUCCAGAUCCUCUAGAUCUCGGUCAGGCUCUCGCAACCACCGCUCCCGCGGGCGCCGGCGGUCGAGCCGGUACUCCCGCUCCCGCUCCCGCUCGCGCAACAGGCACUACUCCGGCUCCCACGGGCGGUACGGCAGAGGCGGCUCCCGAGACGGACGGCGCUGCUCCCGCUCGCAGUCCCGCUCGGCCGACAGGACGCGAUACGUCAGCUCUCGCAGCCGCGGCAGGCGGUCCAGGUCAAGGAGUCAUUCGCGCUCAGAUGACCGUUACCGGAGGAGCAGCAGGACAGGCUACAGCUCGAGCCGCCGCCGGAACAGCACCAGCCGGAGCAGCAGCGACAGCCUGAGCGGCUCUCAGAGCCAAAGCAAAUCCCUGUCUCCUGUCAAAGAGAGCCUGGGGAAAGUGGCUGCUUCCCCUGCAAUGGGCGAAAAACUGAAAAAGUCUGACACUCCUGUGGGUAAAGAGUCCGGAGCUGCCAAACCGAAGCUGACACCACAGGAAAAGCUGAAACUCCGCAUGCAGAAGGCACUGAAUAAGCAAUUUAAAGCUGACAAGAAGGCCGCACAAGAGAAACAGCUGCAGCAAGAACAGGAGCGACAGGAACGCGAGGAUGAGCUGCGAGCAAUGGCUCGAAAAAUCCGACUAAAAGAGAGAGAACGCAGAGAUAAAGAACGGGACGAGUGGGAGAAAGAGUACCCAAGAAGAAGCCGCUCAUGCUCACCAAGGCAUGGCCGUGAUUACAGCAGCUCAUCACGAAGGCGUUCUCGCUCCCGCUCGAGAAGCCCUCACCAUCGCCAUUAGAGGCCACUGCUUGGCCAUCCACAACUGGCUCACUGACAAUGAGCGUUCCUCUCGAUUCAGAGACACAGCUGGUGAUGCAAGAUGGAUACAGCUGAGAAGAUGAGUGUGUAAUAACUGCUGUGCGCAUACGUGCGCCUGUAUGUAUGUACAUAGGUAUAUUUAUCUUGUCAGCGAUGUACACGGAUCCAUUCUGGGUUGUACUGCUGCCGUGUAUAACCCAGGGUCAGAAGCAAAAUGUGUCUGUAAUUGUCACAGUUUCGCAUAGUACAGUAAAACAGUGACCGUGUUUUAAAAGAUGUGCUUCAUGGUGGCUGUACCUGCAAACGGCUGUUUUUUAACCUUGCGUUUUCUUCCUCUGACAACUGAUCUUUUGUCUGCUUCCCCAGUCAAAAUAUUGGCAAGAUGUCUGCGCGCGUGUGUCUGUGUGCACACGUCUGUGUGUGUGCACACGUGUCUGUGUGUGUGCACGCGUGUCUGUGUGUGUGCACGCGUGUCUGUGUGUGCACGCGUGUCUGUGUGUGCACGCGUGUC